ACAUUUCUUUGUCUUCUUUCCUCUUUAUUUAUUUUCCUACUCGUAAAGCUCCCACAGAAUAUAUAUCAUAUCGUAUCGAAUCCAAGCCCCCAGUAAAUGUCUUCCGACAGCGGAGAGAGACGGCCGGCGAGGACGGCGGCGCAGAAGCCGUCGGAGGCGGAGAGCCACCCCUGCCCGCGCUGCGACUCCAUCAACACCAAGUUCUGCUACUACAACAACUACAACCUCUCCCAGCCCCGCCACUUCUGCAAGUCCUGCCGCCGUUACUGGACCCGCGGCGGCACCCUCCGCAACGUCCCCGUCGGCGGCGGCACCCGGAGGCCGCUCUCCAACAAGCGCCCCCGGAGUGCGUCCGCCUGCAGCGUCGUCUCCACUUCCGGAAUGCCCCCGCGCGAGACAGGCCGGGUGGGAUCCGGGUCGGGCCGCGAGGUGAACCUGAACGAGGCGGUGCCGGAGACCCGGACCGAGAGCUUCACGUCUCUGCUGUGCGGCGGGGGUGGCGGAGGCGGUUUCAUGUCGCUGACCGGGUUCGGGCUCGGGCUGGGAGAGCCCAACAUGCAGGGGUUCGGGUUCGGUCUGGGCCUAGCGGAUUGGGCCGCGGAUCCGGUCGAUGGACAGGUCAACGGAGGCGGGUCUACAGUCAAUUCCGUGCCCGUGACUUCAUCGACCUGCAACGCUUGGCAAAUCGGCGGCGGGCUGGUGGACGGCAAUCUGGGCGACGGCGGCGAUUACUUUGGGUGGCCGGAGCUUUCCAUAUCAGCUCCGGGGAGAAGAUCCUGAUCAUCAAUAACCAAAAACAAGAAAUCCAUCUCUUCAUGUUUGUUUACAAGCUCUACAUAUGAAUAUAUUUCGACGAUGGCCGGUUAAUUUAGUGUUACAAAAAGUUGAUCGAAAAGCACCAUAAGUAAGUAAAGACUGUUAAUUACU